CCGCGAGCCGCCGAGUCGAUGCUUCUCUUUCCGCUAUUCAGGUCGGCGUCCAUUUGCAAUUUCUUGCUGGUUUACACGAGCGUCUUUCAUUGAUAAGCUGUUUUUUUAUCCAUUCAUUUAUCGAAGCUUAAACAAUGGACGGAGGCCCUGGUGGUAGAGGUGGAUUUCGUGGUCGUGGAGGUCCUGGAGGAAUGAUGAGAGGACGAGGUGGAUUUGGUGACAGAGGAAGAGGUGGCCCUCCUCGUGGUGGUAUGAUGCGUGGUGGGAGAGGAAGCGGACCUGGUGGAAGCAUGAGAGGAGGUCCGCCAGGAAUGAGAGGCAGGGGUGGCCCUCCUGGUCGAGGAGGACGAGGUGGUCACUUUCCUCCAGGACCACCAGAACCAGGAAUGUCUAGUGGGCCUGGAAAUGGUCCACCGCCCCUAGGAAUGGGUGGUCCCCCACGCGGAGGCGGUGGGAGAGGUGGAGGAAGCAACAGUUUCCGUAGCAGAGGUAGAGGUGAUUUCGGCAAUCGUGGUGAUAGCCGUGGAAGCAACAAUUUCCGAGGCCGUGGUGGUCUUGAUCGAGGUAGAGGAGGAUCUAGGGGAGGAGGUGGUUCAAAUAGAGGCGGACCUAGUCGUGUUGGUGGCUUUGGUGAUCGUGGAGGUCGAGGAAUUAGCGGUGGCCGAGGUGGUCCAACAAAGCGAGGAGGAGGCCCUCCGAGCACUGGACCAUCAAAACGGCCACGUUUCGAUCAGCCUUCACAACCAUCCAAUGGAUACGCUACUCAACCCAGCCAAGGAAGUUACGGCGGUUCAAAUAAUACUUAUGGUGGUGGCCAGCAGCAGCCGCAACCACAGCAAGUAGGAGGAUAUGGUGGAAGUGGAUAUGGUGGUUCACAAGGAUACCCUCAGUCUUAUCAGGGUUAUGAAAGCUAUCAGCAACCUCCAGAUUACGCACAAACAACGGCAUAUCCAUCUGCACCACCAGACAGCAGAUAUGGCGGAGCGUCGUCUGUUCCAGCAGCAGGUUUCGGUGCUAAUGAUCCUUACAGUUAUGGCAAAGCUCCACCAUCGGCCAAUUACCAGGAGGCAGUGCCAGCCGCGGGGCCAGGGGGUGGGGGCGGUGGUUACGCCCCUGCUAACCCGUAUGACGAGCGAUCUAAUGCGAUGCUCCGGGGUGGUUACUCAACGCAACCGUACGAUUAUCCUAAUCAGGACGGUCCGAAUCAAGUUUAUGGGAAACAAGAAUAUGGUGGCAGUGCUGGUUACCAAAACGCCCAGUCUCAACGACGUUAUUAAAGAUAUCGACAUAUAAUUAGUUUGUUCAUUAUAUAACUUUCAAAGUAGAUAAUAUUCGUCAAUGACGUGUAACCGAAAACAUCUUUUUUAAGAAGAAAAGAGAGAAAGAGAGAGAGAGAGAGAAAAAAGAAACAAAAUAAGACAUGUAAUGUGUCUCUCCCAGUGCAUGCAAAAAUUUUGAGGAGAACUUUUUGUUCUUACUAACACAAAAAAGAGAACACACUAAUGACAAUCGAAGAAUCUAUAGGAAAAGCAAGUUAAGAUGAGCCUUUCCGAAUCGAAAAAAUAUUAGAAUUAUAUCAAAUUAUAUAUCUCGGUUUUCGGAAAGGCUGAUCGCGCGCAAUGCAUAGAGUGUCUCAGAAAGAUGGGAGAGAAUUGAUGUUAGAGAUACAAAAAUUUUUUAAGAUAAUGUUUUUUUUUUAAUGUAACUUAUAAAUUGCUAUUUUUUAUAUUUCACUAAUUCGACACAAUUUUACAUAACUGAUUUCGUUUCACUCGAGUCAGAACUGACGAGUUUUCAUAGUUUCCGAUCAAUUUUCGAACUUUUCCCUGCGUAUUUCUUACAUUCUUUUCGUUUCUUUUAUUUUAGCUCAUGCGUUUUUUUUUAUAGCUUAGUUCGACAUCGGGAAACAAUAACGGCUUGAUAGUUCUCAGUAAAGAGAUUUUUGAGAACAUAUCUCUCUCUGUAUGUAUAUUAUCCAGUUUCUAUAUAUUACUAAGAAACUUAUUCUUUCUAUUUACUAAAAAGAAACUUUCUAUUACUAAUUAAUUCCUGUCUAUUUGAUUAAAAAUUUAUGUUUUUGCUUAUUUAGUUGAGUUAAAAAUCAGACUUGUCAGCUCUGAUCUGAAGAGAAAAAUUACACUGGACAAUUGUUUGCAAUUUGAUUUUGUUAUAAAGUGGAGUCAAAGGAAUUUUUUAAAAACGUAAACGUAACGUUUAUUAAAUAAUUCUUGAAGAACUUCAUACAAUUCCACAUUAUUUUUUCUAAGACGCUCUUUUGCAUUAUCUUUUGCUUUCAAAAAAAUCUUCCAUUCCCGUUUAAUGUCUUGAUAACCGUGCACGUUUAUCGAUGUAUCACUCAAUCAAUGAUAUAAAGAUAUAUUUUAUAUUUGACACUUAGCAAUGUACAACACUACGUGUUACUUUUCUACGUCAUUCGUACGUAGACGAUCUAGGAUUAAGUUCAAACUUUGUGAAGAGAUUUAAUCCUUCUAUGAUUUCUAGUGUAAUUCAAUGCAGUAAUAAUUAUACACAACAAUGACACAAUGCGACAAUGACGAUAUUUGUAAGUGCAAGGACGUUCGUUCCUGUUUUUGUAAAUAGAAACUGAAAAAAAAAAAAAAAAAAAAAAAAAAAAAAAAAAAAAAAAAAAAAAAACGAGCCAAUAGUUUCCAUUUUGUCUGUCGUAAUUAUAAAUAGUCUGAAAUGAAAAGCGCAAUUUAGCAAAAAUAUGUGUAUUUUGUCUCUCCUCUCGUAAAGGUUAAAAAGAGAACAAACAUUUAUUUGUGAAUUGAAUUACAGUCUUUAUAAAUGAGUUCUCUCUCAAAAAUUGAUGAAUUCUAGCAAGAAUAAUCGAGAGAAACUUAAAUUUUACACCAUUAAAAACUUGGUAAAAAUUAUUUGUUUGAUAUUUUAUUCUAAUUGUUAUUUACUGAGGUCAUUUUAUAAUUUAUUGUACGAGUUUUUGUACUAUAUAUAUGAAUUUUAUAAGUAUCUGUAAUUCUCUGUAGUUUAAGUGUACAACAAUUUACUUCGCGUGUGUGGCUGUGUUACACUGGUGAAGACGUAAUCUUUAUUUAUUAAAAAAUGCAUACAAUUAUUUAGUUAAACGAAAGAAAUAUCCACGCAUAUUGAUGUAGAGGUUGUCUUUCAAUAAGCUAUUGUGUCAGUCAAGAAGGCGCAAAAUAGGAUAUUAAUUGAAUAUAGAAAAAUCUUUUAGUAUCACUAUCGCGCAUAUUAUUUUAUAUUAAUUAACGAAAUUUGCACGAAUUACUUUUAGUGUGUUUGUGUACGAAAAAUAUGUCAUACGAAUAACUAUAUAGCGUAUCAUUGUAAUUAUCUGGAACUAUUGUAAGUAUAAGUGCUCGAUUGAAAUGAAAUAUUGAAAAAGACAGAAAAAAAGAGAUCAAAAUGGUGUUACA